AUGAGCCUGAAAACCAGAUUCGGGCAGCGGGGCAACCUGCCUGACCUGGAUGAGACCAUCGAGCUCUGUCAAGCUGCACUUGUUUCAACCAUUUCUUACCGACCCCGCUCUUUCAAGGAGGCAAUUGAACUUACUCGAGCUGCUCUUGCGCUUGACCCCCUAGCUGUUCUUAUCAGUCUCUCUAUCAAUACCCUUCCCAGCUGCCUUCAAUCCAGAAUCGAGCAGCGGGGCAUCGUGUCUGACCUGGAUGAGGCCAUCGACAUUCUUCAUCCUAGGUUUGAGUGGCAACAUGGCAUCCCGUCUGAUCUGGACGAGUCCAUCGAACUCCCUCAAGUUGCACUUGCACUCAAUCGUUCUGCAUCUAUCAACAGUCACCCAUAUCUCUCGAUCCCCUCAUACUCCGAUAUCGCUCUGACGAUAAAACUUUCUCGUGGGAUACCAACGUUAUACGAAACAGGCCGCAGCCUGAUUAUCGGAGGACGCCUUCUAGCCUAG